AUGCAGCUAACAAAUAUUACUGGGUUGGAAGAAUUUGAGAGUAAUGAGCUCUACAAACAGUUUUUAGCUGAAGAUUUUGAUUUGAAAGCUGUUACUUUUUCUGUUGUACAAAGUGCAGCCGUAGCAGAGCAACUAGCUAAAUUAAGUGCUGGCAUAUCGUUACUUGACAAAGCACUUCAUCACCAAGUUUCUAGUCAUUAUGAAGAUCUUUUAUACCAAGCAACUGAAAUCGAAACGUUAGAAAGUAUUUUAUUGGUUGUGCAUCACAAAAUUGCUUCAUUACUUUCGUCUGCUGAUAAACUUCGUAGCAAAGUUGUGGAACCUUAUGAAGAGAUAGCUUCCUUAACCAGAAAAUUACAGCGUCUUCACGUAGUUUGUGAUCUUUUGAGACGUAUUAUACGCAUUGUUCGGGUGUCUAAACGCCUUAAAAGCCAUUUGAGUAAAGAACCCAAAGAAUUUUCCAAAGCAUCUAAUUGCAUAACUGAGUUAGAAAGCAUUCUUAAGGAAGUUGAUUUAACUGGAUUAAGUGUUAUCGAGUCUGAAAUCCAAUAUUUUAAAGAAGCCAAAGUAUUAGUGCAGAGUGAAUUAAAAUAG